CCUGACCUCAGUCUUUAUUGAUCUUGGUAUCAGCACCUCUAGUGACGUGUCCUGAAGGGUGGGAGAGAAUUCACAAGUGCCUCACACAUAGGGAAAGAAGAAAGUCCAACUAUUGCUGCAGAAAGUCCCCACGGGGAGGUGUGGGUAGAGUGUUUGGGUAGUAUUAAACAGUGAGUGCCCCGUGAGAAGCACAGUGCCUGGGUGCCGCACUUUGCAUCAGCUCGGAUAUUGAAAUCGGAAACAGAAGACUUUGAAGUCGGCCAGUAAGGGAUUGUCAGGCAGUUGACUAAUGCUUUUGAUUUGAAUCGGAGGCUGCUGUGAAAAGGGAUGCAGCUUCUGCUAGCCACCGUGAACUUCUGAAUCUCACUAGGUUUGGGUCUGCUUUGGGGGACACAGAUACCCCCGGUAUUUCCAAACCAGCUUUCCCUUUUGCGUCAGGACAUAUCUUACCCAAGCCUGCACUAUGGAGCAGUGGGACGGUAAUGAGGGCACCUCGGCUUUCCACAUGCCUGAGUGGAUGCAGAUCCAGUUUGCUGACCAGAAGCAAGAAUUCAACAAACGUCCCACCAAAAUUGGACGUCGCUCUCUGUCUCGUUCCAUUUCUCAGUCAUCUACCGACAGCUACAGCUCGGCGGCUUCAUAUACAGAUAGCUCUGAUGAUGAGACAUCCCCCAGGGACAAGCAGCAAAAGAACUCUAAGGGAAGCAGUGACUUCUGUGUCAAGAACAUCAAACAAGCAGAGUUCGGACGAAGAGAAAUUGAAAUUGCUGAACAAGAAAUGCCUGCACUGAUGGCUUUGAGGAAGAGAGCUCAAGGAGAAAAGCCUUUGGCUGGAGCCAAAAUCGUGGGUUGCACACACAUCACUGCUCAGACUGCUGUGCUUAUGGAAACUCUGGGUGCUCUGGGGGCCCAGUGCCGAUGGGCUGCCUGCAACAUCUAUUCCACUCUCAAUGAAGUGGCUGCUGCUCUAGCAGAAAGUGGAUUUCCUGUCUUUGCCUGGAAGGGAGAGUCAGAAGAUGACUUUUGGUGGUGCAUUGAUAGAUGUGUGAAUGUGGAGGGCUGGCAGCCAAACAUGAUCUUGGAUGAUGGAGGGGAUCUUACCCACUGGAUUUAUAAAAAGUAUCCCAACAUGUUUAAGAAAAUCAAGGGCAUAGUAGAGGAGAGUGUUACUGGAGUUCAUAGGCUGUACCAGCUGUCCAAAGCUGGGAAGCUGUGUGUUCCAGCCAUGAAUGUCAAUGACUCAGUCACCAAACAGAAAUUUGACAACCUCUACUGUUGCCGUGAAUCAAUUCUUGAUGGACUUAAAAGGACAACAGACAUGAUGUUUGGUGGAAAGCAAGUGGUAGUCUGUGGCUAUGGAGAGGUGGGGAAAGGGUGCUGUGCUGCCCUGAAAGCCAUGGGCUCCAUUGUGUAUGUAACUGAAAUUGACCCCAUCUGCGCCCUGCAAGCCUGUAUGGAUGGAUUUCGACUGGUGAAAUUAAAUGAGGUCAUCCGACAAGUGGACAUUGUUAUUACCUGUACAGGAAACAAGAAUGUGGUUACCAGAGAGCACUUGGACCGUAUGAAGAAUAGCUGCAUCGUUUGUAACAUGGGACAUUCCAACACGGAGAUUGAUGUGGCGAGUCUGCGGACACCAGAACUGACCUGGGAGCGAGUGAGAUCUCAAGUUGACCAUGUGAUAUGGCCUGAUGGCAAGAGGAUAGUACUGCUGGCAGAGGGCCGCCUGCUGAACCUAAGCUGCUCCACAGUGCCUACAUUUGUGCUCUCAAUCACUGCUACUACUCAGGCGCUUGCCUUGAUAGAGCUUUACAAUGCUCCUGAGGGUCGCUAUAAGCAGGAUGUCUACCUGUUGCCCAAGAAAAUGGAUGAAUAUGUGGCCAGUCUACACCUGCCUACCUUUGAUGCCCACUUGACAGAGCUGACAGACGAACAGGCCAAGUAUCUGGGACUCAACAAGAAUGGGCCCUUCAAGCCUAAUUACUACAGGUAUUAAGUUCCUGUAACUCAAACCAGAAGUUUUAAGAAAUAGGACUUCAAGCCUUUUCUCCACUACUAUACAAGAAAUAAUUCAGCAAGCUGCUUCUCCAAUCAGAGCUGCCUGCCGUGCUCACCCUGUGUGUUAGGUUAUUUAUUUAUUAAAAUCAAGAAUCCUGUGCCUGUAGCAUUGGCCCAGAGUGUGGUUACUGCCCUGAGGGCCAUGAGAGAGCCACAGAGGAUGGACAGAGGAAGGAAAGAAAUGGGGUAACUGCUCCCAGUGCAUUAUUCACAUCAUUCCCCAUUGACUGAAUCCUCAGCAGUGGCCAUUUUUCCUCUUGUCCAGGCUCACGAGUUAGUCCAGGGAUUCCAUAUUUCCCAUUCCCUGGAGUUUUCUGGAAUAAAUUUUCAGCACCUGCCUUUCUCAGCUUUGGCCCGUCCCCAGGUGAGGCCGUUUGGAAUUAACAUGGCCAGUGUUUCACACAAGAUUGGGUUCGCAAUCUUGACCAUCACUAUCACCGCCUUCUUUAUAUAAAGGCUAAUAAGGAAAGAAUGUUAUUUGUGGCUUUGCUAAGCUAUGUCAGGAACUCAGCUGUGCUGUGCCUACCAGGGGUCUCCUUUCUUACCUUGGACUCCUUUCUUCUCCUUGAAUAUUUAUGUCCAUUUUAACACUUUCUCGUUGCAAGAGGGAUGUGCCUCCAUUAUUUCCUCCACAGUUUUGGUAUUUGUCAGACAUUUUUUCUGCUGUCUUUCUAAUCCAACCAACCUCUGCUCAGGAAGUGGGGCCAGCUCCACUGGGACCCAUAGUUUUACUUCCUUGUCAUUUGGAUAGUUUCCAAGGAAGCUCCUCCAGAUUGCCACGAUGUCAGAAAAGGAGAGCUUGUUGUGAAACACUGCUUCCUGAAACUUCCUGCUAUUGCCUAACCCUACGUCUGAAACUGAGUAGGGAAAGGUAUACUUUUCCAGGGAUUUGGGGGGUAUAAGGCUUUGGAAAUGGGACAGGUCUUUCAGACUCACAGCUUGAUACCCCAACAAAGCAGAGUAUAUUUAUUUGUUUCCCAGGAAGGCCAUCGCAGCUUGACUGUCUGAGGGAUACGGAGAUGAAAUCGUAAACAGUAUCCAAAUUAUCAAAGCUAAUUUGAGGAGUUUGAACCUCAUCAGAUAUUCAUUCCUUUGGCCAUUGGUAUGGAUGAAACAGAGAUCUGCAAUCUGAUCUGUGGUCUUCUCUGCUGGCAUGUAUUUUAUGAUUUAACUUCUUCCAUUGAGGAUUCUCUACUUCAGAGGCAGUUUCUCGAGUAACUCCAGUGCUACAAAAAGAAUUAGUAAUGUGUUAUGGGCAGCAUGAUAUUUUGUGUCCCACCCAAAAAUUGAAUUCCUUUUGGAGACUGAUCUGCUGGUCUCAAGGGUUUCACUGGGACCCGAUUGGUUCUAAGAGUUAAAGUCUGGAGUGGCCCUAGAAACUUGAAUUAAAUAAGCCUCUUCCCCUUGCCGAUUCUAUUCAACACUCUCAGGUUGGUUUGUUCCCCACUUUUUUCCUACGCUGGUCUGCCUCAAAGUCUCAAGACCAAGGUGACUCAAGGAAACACCAGACCACCCAUUAUCACUAUAACCUUCCCAUCCUGAUUCUCUCUUCUACCUCCACCCUCUCUUGGUCUUCACAUAUACUCUCAGCUAGUCUGAAAGUUUCUCUUGGUCUUCACAUAUACUCUUAGAGCUUCACAUACACUCUCAGAGCUAGUCUGAAAGUUUCUCUUGGUCUUCACAUAUACUCUCAAAGCUUCUCUUGGUCUUCACAUAUAUUCUCAGAGCUAGUCUGAAAGUGACCUUACUUUUGGAAGUAGGGAAGUGGAACUUUGGUAAAUGACUCUGUCUCAUUAAAUAGUAUACAGGCUCAGCCCAUAGACUACAGUUAUUCAGAGGCCAUAUGUCUUAGCAAGCACUGGUUUUAUUCUUUUUUAUAAGGAAGAUCAUAUAUGCUAAAUAUUUCCACUAAGCCAUUCAGGUCUUCCUUUUGCCUACCUAGGCAUGAUUUUUGUAUUAAUUGGGUCCCUUUAGCAAGAGAUUCAGAUUGUUGUACCCUAUCUUAUAUCCAGAGUAGAUUCCAUUUGGCAGAUAUAUGGUCUCUAGCCUAUUGUAUUCUUAGCCCAAAAAUCAUAACCUGCUGUUUCUCAGCAAAGCCUUGCUCUCUGGAGCUUACUAUGUGCUGGUACUUAAAGAAUACACUCUGCCUUGCUGUAGUGAAGAGACCCACUCCAAAUAAAAAAGGAGCCACACUGGACUUCUGAGUUAGGUUGCCAGUGUUGCUGCCCAUGAUGAGAUAUUUGCCUCUGAGUUUCAGAUGACCUCUCUUCUUUGUAGGGACCUAUGCCAUCAACCAUUAAGAAGAAAGGGCCACAGGCCUCCCAAGUAUUUGGGCUCUAUCUUAGUGUUGGAAUCUGGUCAUUAUAAUCUCUUCCCUUGGAAUCAGGGCAAUGUGUCAUCUUUCCUCAUGCCUCUUACCUUAGAUGCAUCCCAGUUAUCUGGAAGUAUGGGAAAGAAGACUGACUAUCUUUGUAUGUGGCUCCAGUCUGUGAGGUUACAUACUAUUUUCUCUACAAUUAAUUUGUGCUAGUUUUUCCUUCUUUCUUUUCUUUUCCCCAUUAGAGACAUGGUUUCACUGUCUUUCCAGGCUGGUCUCAAACUCCUGGGCUCAAGCAAUCCUCCUGCUUCAGCUUCCUGAGUAGCUAGAACCACAGGUGUGUGCUACCAUGCCUGGCCCUUUUUUGCCUUUUUCGUGGAGAUAUUCCGUUUUCUUUCUUUCUUUUUUUUUUUUUUUUUGUUUCAUUUAAACAACAACAAAAAAUGUAUCUAAUCUACCUUCUCCCUGCUGUCUUCCCUCCCGAUCCUACUUGCCCAUAUGAGCGCAGCUCCCUGUGGCCACAUACUCCUGCAAAGCUUUUUUGCUGCUUGGCUUUUCUCUGAACAGAUCUGAUAUUGCUGCUCCUGUGGUUUUCUCAAAACUUUGUGAUGGUUUUCAAAAAAGGAAUCAAAUGCAUCAUUGCAUUAAGCGUUUUCAAUAAAGGAAAAUUAUAGAAGGAAAAUAGGCAACACCAGCAAAUUAUAUGUGGACAAGUUCUAAACUAUAUAUAUAUAUAUAUAUAUAUAUAUAUACAUAUAUAUACACGUAAUCAUCUAGUUCUGUCAUCUUACUGAAAAGAAUAAAACUUCUAAGGAUCACCAUUUCUGAGAAGUUCUUGGAAAUCUUUAUGUCUAAGUGAUUGUAUUAGAUCAGCAAUAAUGACUGUGUAAUCUCGAAAAACAAAUAAAAUAUUCUUAACAUGGAA